CCAAUCUCCCUCACCGCGUUCUAAAUCUCCAGACCCGAUACAAACGUAUCGGCCGAAACAUGCCUCUGCAUCGCCGAAACUUCCCCUCCAUCUCCCAAUGCGACCCCACCGGCCGUGGGACCCACACCGUCGCGGCCGAUCUGGACGGUACACUCCUCAUCUCCCGCAGCUCCUUCCCCUAUUUCAUGCUCAUCGCCGUCGAGGCAGGCAGCCUCCUCCGCGGCAUCUUCCUCCUCCUCGUCUCCCCACUCAUCCUCUUCCUCUACAAGCUCGUAUCAGAAUCUCUCGGGAUCCGACUCAUGAUCUUCGUAUCGGUAUCGGGCAUUAAGAUCCGAGACGUCGAGCUGGCGGCCCGGGCCGUGCUGCCGAGGUUCUACGCGGCGGACGUCCGAUCCGACACGUGGCGGGUCUUCAGCGCGUGCGGGAGGCGCGUGGUGGUGACGGCGAAUCCGACGGUGAUGGUCGAGCCGUUCGUGCGAGAGUUGUUGGGCGGGGACAAGGUGCUGGGCACGGAGCUGGAGGUGGACCCGAGGACGGGAAGGGCGACGGGAUUCGUCAAAAAGCCAGGGGUAUUAGUGGGAGAACUGAAAAGGCUGGCGGUUUUGAGGGAGUUUGGAGAGCGUUUGCCUGACAUCGGGAUCGGAGAUCGCGAGUCGGAUCAUGAUUUCAUGGCCGUUUGCAAGGAAGGCUACAUGGUGCACCCAGACCCAUCAGCCACCCCAGUCCCACCAGACCACCUCAACAGCAACAUCAUCUUCCACGACGGCCGCCUCGUCCAACGCCCCACCCCUCUCAAUGCCCUCCUCACCUUCCUAUGGCUCCCAUUCGGCUUCCUCCUCGCAACCAUCCGCAUCUACUUAAACCUCCCUCUCGAUGGCCCCAUCGUCCAACUCACCUACCGCCUUCUCGGCAUCAAGCUCAUUAUCAAUGGCACACCACCACCCCCACCUGCACCAGGCUCACCUGGGUCGCUCUUCGUCUGCAACCACCGCACCGCAUUAGACCCGAUCAUAAUCUCGAUCGCUCUCAAACGCAAGGUCUCAUGUGUCACAUACAGCUUAGGUUGCUUCUCUGAGCUCAUAGCCCCAAUUCGAGCGGUCCCACUAACCCGUGACCGGUCGACCGACGCAGCCCGCAUAUCAGCCCUCCUUCAUGAGGGUGAUGUAGUAAUCUGCCCAGAAGGGACCACCUGCCGUGAACCGUUCCUGCUAAGAUUCAGCGCUUUGUUUGCUGAAUUGAGUGAUCGGAUCGUGCCGGUUGCAGUCGAUGCCAAGAUGAGUAUGUUCCAUGCAACGACGGUUCGAGGGUGUAAGUCCAUGGACCCGUAUUUCUUCUUCAUGAACCCUCGGCCGGGUUAUGAGGUCACGUUCCUGGAUCGGGUGCCGGAGGAGCUGACGUGUAAGGGUGGGAAGUCGUCGAUUGAGGUGGCCAAUCACCUGCAGAGGGUGCUGGGAGCCACGUUGGGGUUCGAGUGCACCGGAUUGACUCGGAAAGACAAGUACAUGAUGCUCGCGGGCUAUGAUGGAAAGGUGGACUCUACGUGCAAGGAGGAAUGAAGGUAGCAUUUCACAAAUUCGACAAGU